AUGGAAUUCACUUGGCUUCCGGAUAUCCCUCAGUCCCGGAAUCGCACUCGAGCCUUGCGGGCUUGUCCCAAGUGCCAACGAUCAAAGAAACGGUGCCGACAUUUGAUCCCCAAAUGGGAACCCUCCGAUGAUCCAAAUCGACAGUCAUCACCUCAACCGAGCAAUGACCCUGCGAGGCCCAUUCACAGAGAAGUCUCGAAUCGCGAACAGUUUCCUACAUCCGCGCACAGAAACCGAGCGCGGACAACACCCGACAGUCCAGCUUUGUUGCCGGUUCCUGUCACUGAGAGAUUCGUGGGAGAUCUCAAUCCAGAAUCUUUGAUUCGCGAAAGAUUAGAUGAGCCAACUGGGAGCCCUCUGCGUGAUCGUAUCGGGCUUUGGAUCAGCUCCUCAGCUGCGCAGAAAGCGAAGCUUCGAAAGCUCCAGGGGGUACAGAGAGGACAAACCACAACCGAGGAAUAUGUAGCCAAUUCUCCGGCACAAACGGCAAUCAAUGGUCAAGCCAUUGCAUCGUUACUUCACCAACGGUUUGCCGCGGGGAUGCAAGCAUGUGAACAACUGCCCCUCAGGACAAGGCAGUCUUUGUCGGCUAUCUACUUCUCCAAGGUUAAUCAUAUUGUGCCAAUAGUCGACCGGGAUUUUAUUCAAGCUCAAGCAGAAGGUUUGGCGUCGGUGUUUCUAGAAAACGCCAUAUGCCUCGCCGCAGCAAAGACCCACGCGAGCAACCCGUACUUACGCCUUGUAUCUGGCGGCCCAAUUCUACCGUCACGUCAAUUCUGUUCUCAGAUUUAUAAGGGGCUUGUUGUCGCUAUGGACACAGAGCUAGAGCCGGAUCGGUUGACACGGAUCCGUAUUCUUGCACUAAUGUCCUUGCACUGCGAGGGCCUUGAAGGGGCUGAGGCGGCAUCUCUACACCUCUGCCAAGCCAUCCACCAGGCCCAGACGGUAGGAUUGCAUCUCGGCCGGCCAAAUCAAACCUCCACAGAUUCCCUGACUAAACUAUUCUGGUGUUUAUGGACAUUAGACAAGAUGCAUGCAAGUAUCGGUGGCCGGCCGGUUCUUCUAGCUGACCGCGAUAUCGGGGUCGUAAAGCCCAGUGUCGGCACUCAGACUUCAAGAGGGGCAUUUGAGGUGUGGCUUGCUGUGUCGGAUCUACUGGCAACUGUGAUAUCAUUUUAUCGACCAUCCGCAGAAACCACAAGCGGGUGGGAAGAGGGGUUCCCUGCAUUUGAGGAUAUUGUGGGGGAAGAUACUCAAGACGAUCUAGACUUUGCUACUCUAGAGCUUUAUUAUCAUUCUGUUGCUAUUUUGUCCUGUCGAUAUAAACCUACCGAGAACAUCGAUAACACCAGGCUCUCGUCUGUCAGACAAGGACUAGCAGCUGUUCGCAUUCACUCCAUCGUCGCAUCCGAAUGUGGGAAUGAACUACCACCUCUCCCAAUUGUGCCAUACUCUGUCACCUUGUCGAUGGGUGUCUCAUACCGACAACUCCGCUCGAGCCGACUUAUCACGCACCUCAACCGAGCGAAGGCUAGUCUUGAGGCGUGCCGCUCUGUUUUAGAUAAUCUUAGUCCAUACUGGUACUCCGCCGAGGCCAUGGCCCGGCUAGGCCAAAAAGCCCUGUACCAGAUCCAAGGCAAGCCACAAUCCUCUCGGACAAACCCUACGAGUCUACCGUAUGUGGCAGAGCCCUCGCAGAAACAAGUCAAUGCCGACAGCUCGGUAGCAGAAGGGCUAGAGAUAGUUGAUUCCGCGCCCCAAGGCAAUGAUGCCCCCCGAGCCAAGAGGCAGCGCAACAACGGCCAUGGAAUUGCAGCUAUGUCUCCGGUGCCAGAACUUGCAACGAACAUCAUCCAACCCCCGGUGGGCGAUCCGGAUACAUCUAUACAAGACGGGUUUACAGACAUUGACACACUGUUUGGAGAGUUCCUAGAUAUCUCUCUACCCACUAAUUUCUGGGAUCCUAUUUUUAUAGAGACUCAAGGACAAACGAAUGAUCCGCAGUCAUAA